AUGAGAGCGAACCGCUCUGGGGCGCCCCAACAGUCUCGAAAGAAUGGCGUAGGCUUGAUGAACGCCAUUCAACGACAGAAGAGCAGGCCCCAGACGGCACCGCGGCAGAGGGGGUCUCCUGCCAGCGAUCCCGAUUCUACAUUGGCCGCUCCAACCCCAGCGCCUGAACCAGGCUCUACGCCCUUGCAGCGGGCGCCCACUGCGGACCUUGGAGCAUCGCCAGGGCCCUCACCCACACAGUCGGUCAUGAGUGCAGCAGCAGCUUCGGGCAACCAGAGGGAAUCUGGAACUGGUUCGGGCCUGCUGAAGGCGCGAUCUGUCCUGGUUUCGGCAAAGGAACCGGCAGGUAUGCAGGGACUUGCAAGACGAGCGCUUGCACGGUCAAAGACAAGCACAUCAAUAGACGAGUCUGGCACACCCUCUGAGCCUGCAAGGUCGACUGCUGGUGCUGCGAAGCCAGCCCUAAGCAGAGCUCGUUCCAUGCCAGCUCCGGAAGAGCAAGGAAGAAGCUCGUCCGAUGAAGUUCUUGCAAGUCCACCAGACUCGACAAGCGAUCCACCGGCGGCACCGAGGCGCCGCUCCCCAGUCGUCACAGAAGUCGCCGAAGUCGAGGAGGUGUCGGAUGUGCCAGCAGCUGCAUCGCCUGACACAAAGUCAAGCAAGUUGCCCCCCCAGCAACUGCGCAGGCGCACAGCGCUCAUGGCGGUGGACCUGGAAGAAGGGCAGCACUCUGUGCACUCGCAGAUUCGCAACCUCUUCGGGAAUGGUGAGCGGGUCGAUCCCAAGACAUGGGUGGCUUUUGCUGAGAAGCUGCAGCAUUCUGGGCAAUCUCAGCCAAUGGCUGGCCAUUUGGAUGCAGAGGACCAUGAAAGAAAGAAGGCGCAGAAGGCUGCCGACGACGAGCACAUCCACUUUCUCAGUGACUCGCGAAUUCUCCAGGUACUUCGUGACCAACCGGCCACACCCUCUACUGCGAGGAUCAGAGAUGCACGGAAGCCAACGCAGCGCAGAGCGAUGUCAGCUGCUUUCACCGAUCGUGGCGUCCGUCUGCGUGAAGGCCAAGCCGCCCAAGCCAUCUUUAACUACCAGAGUCGCAGCUACGAGGACGGGUGGGGCGUAUCAACCUACCAGCCUCUGGAGCAGCAUCCAGCAGGUCAGCCGACGCACGCCUGCACUCACAACGUCGUGGCGGACCCACUCGCUGCUAGUAACCAUUGCUACGGGCAGGCGGAUAGCCCUGGUGUCAGAAAGGCAUUUGAGUAUGCUCAAGGCUGCGCUCACGAACACGAGAUACUCUUCCAGCAGAGUAUGAAGCGCAAGGGCAGGGUGAGCAAAGAAACCUUGGAGCAGUGGAAAGCUGCGAAGAGGACCGGGCGAGCAGCCGAGGGUGGUAUCAGAAAGUCGCCAGAGGGUGGAAACCCUACUCUGCUUCGCUCCGGUGCGUCAUAUGUGCUUAAUCCCCGAGAUGAGGAUCCUCCGCAUCCACACGAUCGGUUAUUCAAGGAGAGGAAGGCAAGAGGUGAGUUCCGGUAUGGCUAUUCCUCAGAAUGCCAUCGGCAAGCCAUCAACUGGAAUCAAGAUCUCUACAGGUUCGAAGUACUGUCCUACGGCGGUGAAGGUUGCCGUGCGUUGCACCGUGCAACGUCAUGCCCGCACAAGCCAAGCAGUGCAGGCCGAAAUCCGAUCACGGGCCAGAUCCAGGAUGAGAAUAGGACGCCACGGCGACCAACGGAGCACACGCAGAAAGCGAGGGAGAAGGCGGGCAAAGGUGUCAAGACCUUGACCAAUCACCAGGACCUUGAAGCCGAGGCUCGUCAAACGCGUGAAAGCCGCCUCAAUACCGACGCGUCCUUUGCCAACCUCUGCAAAGCUGGAGCCGAACUUGGAGCUCAGCGAUUGGCAGAGGUGUCUAAGAUCAAGGCCACACAGUUUAGAGGCCUUUCCGUCAAUGUUGCAAACGCACUCAAGUUCGAAACUCAGUCUGACUUCAGUAUGUAUGUUGGCAAUGGUGCGUCAUGCCGGUUCGGCUCUGAAGACAACGUGCAGCACCAAGGUGGGAUGAUUGAUGCAGACAUGGCUGCAGUUCCCCGACGUGUUCUGCGCAGCGAAGCUGCCUGCAGAUCCUUCGGCUUUAGUAUGACCAAGGCUGAAGCAACAUGUGCAAUGUACAUCCCUGAGGAUCAGCCUUCGUCAGAGUCUGACAAGGAAAGUGCGAGCCGUAAUCCAUGCCAUUCUUCGACUUCGGGCAUCUUCGAGCAUGAUCUUUCAAGGAGUAUUGGUUAUCCCGUCAGUUUCGAAACCCUGGUGCGGCAAUCAGAAAAGAAAGAUCUUGCUGACAUUGCUCCGUGA